UCUCGCUUCUUCUUCUAUUUUUUUUGUUGUUUUCAUUGAUUUGAAACAUGGCGUCUGAAGGAGAGGCGGGCACUGCCGCUACAACCGAACCGGAGACCGGAGACGGGGAUGCUGCAUUUGGGGAACUACCCACCAGCAUGGACACGGAGUCCUCCAACGGCAAAGAGGGAAUGGAAACGGCCGGCGAGGGCUCGGAGGCUGCGGACGCUCUGACGGGAUCCGGAGACGAGGAGAGCGGGCGGCAGCUGGGCGACGUGGAGCUGCAGUGUGCUUUGUGUAUGAAGUGGUUCACGGCAGACACGUUUGGCAUCGACACCGCGACCUGUCUUCCCUUCAUGACUAACUACGUGUUUCACUGCAACGUGUGCCAUCACAGCGGCAACACAUACUUCCUCAGGAAACAAGCCAACCUGAAGGAGAUGUGUCUCACAGCGCUGGCAAACCUGACAUGGCGGUCCAGAACACAGGACGAGCACCCAAAGACCAUGUUCUCCAAAGACAAGGAUAUCAUACCGUUCAUUGACAAGUACUGGGAGUGCAUGACGACCCGUCAGAGACCGGGGAAGCUCACCUGGCCCAACAACAUAGUGAAGACAAUGAGUAAAGAGCGGGAUGUGUUUCUGGUGAAGGAACACCCUGACCCCGGCAGUAAAGACCCAGAGGAGGAGUACCCCAAAUUUGGCCUGUUGGACCAGGACCUGGGAACCAUCGGACCGUCCUACGACACGCAGAAACAGACCACCGCUGCUCCCACGGCCGCUGGGCUGAACGGUGGAUCUUCUUUCUCAGGUGCUUUGGCCCCUGGUCCAGGAAAAGGAAGAGGGGCCAAACGCAAGCAGCAGCAGCAGCAGGAGGGCGCUGCAGCUGGAGCUGCCAAGAGAACCCGAAGCGACCCCCUCUUCUCGGCCCAGCGCCUUCCUCCCCACGGCUACCCGCUGGAGCACCCCUUCAACAAGGACGGGUACCGCUACAUCCUGGCCGAACCAGAUCCUCACGCUCCGGACCCCGAGAAACUGGAACUGGACUGCUGGGCCGGCAAGCCCAUCCCGGGGGAUCUGUACCGGGCCUGUCUGUAUGAGAGGGUGCUGCUGGCUCUACACGACCGAGCGCCUCAGCUGAAGAUCUCCGACGACCGUCUGACGGUGACCGGGGAGAAGGGCUACUCCAUGGUGCGAGCGUCCCACGGCAUCCGGAAGGGCUCCUGGUUCUUCGAGGUCACCGUAGAGGAGAUGCCCCCGGAGACGGCCGCCCGGCUCGGCUGGUCCCAACCACUCGGCAACCUGCAGGCGCCGCUGGGUUACGACAAGUUCAGCUACUCGUGGCGCAGCAAGAAGGGCACGCGGUUCCACCAGUCGAUAGGGAAGCAUUACUCCUCCAGCUACGGGCAGGGGGACACGCUGGGCUUCUUCAUCGAGCUGCCGGACGCCACGGAGACCGCCAGGGCUCUGCCGGACACGUACAAGGACAAGGCACUGAUCAAGUUCAAGAGCUACCUGUACUUUGAGGAAAAGGACUAUGUCGACAAAGCGGAGAAAAGCCUGAAGUCGAUGAGCUCCAGCAGGAUGAUUUUCUAUAAAAACGGAGUGAGCCAAGGCGUAGCCUUUGAAAACCUGUUUGAAGGCAUGUACUUCCCUGCCAUCUCACUCUACAAGAGCUGCACGGUGUCGGUUAACUUUGGGCCACAUUUCAAACACCCUCCGAAGGAGCUGAAGUACCAGCCGAUGAGCGACAUGGGCUGGGGAGCUGUGAUCGAGCACACGCUGGCUGACAUGCUGUACCACGUGGAGACGGAUGUGGACGGACGACGUAGCCCGCCGUGGGAAGGAUGAACGCGGCUUGAAUUCAGUACGCUCUCACACCCCCCACCCCACCCCCACCCCCACCCUCACCCUACCGCCUCAGCCCAAAAAAACAAACAUCUUCAGACAGUAAAAUAAAAGCAAUUUGCAAGACAGGAAGUUAAAACGUAAAUAAAUAC